CUUCCCUCCCUCCCUCCAUUUCUUUCCCGCCUCUGCCCCUUCUUCACUUUAAAAUAAAAACCCCUUCACUUUCACUACUCCACUCUCUCUCUCUCUUCUUCAUUCACCAUGAACCGUAGAAUCAGAGCAUCUACCAAACCCUUAUCCUCUUCCUCACCAACCAGAUCCGAGCCUUUCCACUUCCACAAGUACCUUAAACCCGGCGCCCUAGCCCAAAUCCGCGACUCCCGAAUCACCGCCCACCGACUCAACUCGCUCUACCUCCUCUCCUCCUCCUCCUCCAUCUCUAUCCACCGCACGUCAUCUCCACCGUCCUCCAACGCUGCCGCUCAACAAACUCCCGUCAGCGCCUUCACCGACGGUAUCCCCUGCUUCUCCGGCAGGAUCUACGGCCCGCGCUGUCCCCAGAGGAAGAAGCUCGUGGCGGCCAAGUCUGUGCUUUUCCUCAACCCGAUCCCUAGCUCGGUCCAGGAAUCGCCCGAUUCGCUCAACAUAUCUUGUUUUUCAGCUUGGUUAAGCCAUCUUGGUGCUCCACCUAGUGUAGCAUUUAGUUUUGAGUUGGUGGUGGUUAUGUUGGACUCGGAAAUCACAGAUUGCCUUUGGGACUUUGGAGUUCUGUCUCUUAAGGAUUGAUUUCCUAUUGGCAGUGUAACAGAGAUUUAUUCUCAGCAUGCGUUUGAAUAUCAUUUGCAUUGAACGUUCCAUUUGCUGUUUAAUGCUCAGCUAGUUUUACUACAAGGUAUUAUAUUCGGUAUGGAGGAAAUAUGAAUUAGGUGCACAUUACUCUCUGGUUCUGGUUAAGUUCUUGAGUAGUUGAUGAAGUAUAGAAAAGAUGCGGAUGGUACGGUGGUAUCAUAUGAGCACCUGAUUUCUACGUGCUUUUGGAAUCACAUCACAUUCUUUUUGUAAACUUGCUAUGUAGGGUUGUGCUUAUGUUUUGUUUCCACUUUUGAGAAACAUGCUAAAGAAACUCUCGAGAGGUAACAUAGAUAUAGUAUGGUGAAUGAACUUGGAAUGUUGCCCUUUCAUAAAAGAUUUAGUGGUAUGGUGAAGAGUAAACUUUGAAGUUGUAAUGUUGCCCUUUCAUAAAAGCAUGGGUCUUGAAUCAAUGUCAAUGCAUAGUAGUUAUGAAUGAGGCUAAUAUGGAAACUCAGCCUUGCUAAAUCCAUAAAAAGGAUGUCUAAAGAGGGUACUCAGAACUUGUUUCAAGCUGAUAUUAGUCCAACCUUAUUGUUUUAAAUAACCUAUUAACUAAUUUGUUUCAGCUUGUUUAUUUAAGUAUAUGUGCUUUAUUAACAUGAAUAGCCUAAUAAUUGAUCUGGCUCACCCUAAUUUGCUGAAGUAUGCUCUACCUUGUAUAUCUAUGCUGUUCAUUUUUAGAACUUUUUUUUUAAUUGCUUUUUUGAAUUAUUGAAAUGAAUUAUAGUUUUGAUGAUUGAUUAUGCUCUGAUAUUUUUGAAAAUGUGCAUUCUUUUGAAAUCUAUGAAAA